GACAGCAACCAGAGGCGCCGCCGCCGCCACCACCUGCACCUGGCUCCCGGCCCAAGUCCAGCGCCCGCCGGGCGGCUGCUUCCCGCCGUCCUGCCGUGCCCACCCGCCAGUCAAACCUAUACUGGGUAUUCACUGUGUCACCAACAUUCUGGUAUUACCCUUUAAUGAAAUCUUCUUGCCAGCAAAUCUAUGAUAAAAAAUAUAAGUUACAGAAGAAACUAUAACUGUUACUUGUCAAGUGGCAAACUUUUAAUGUCAGAAUGGCUCACGUAAAACGACUAGUAAAAUUCCAUCUUAAAAGACAUUACCAUAAAAAAUUCUGGAAGCUUGGUGCAGUAAUUUUUUUCUUUAUAAUAUUUUUGAUUUUAAUGCAAAGAGAAGUAAGUGUUCAAUAUUCCAAAGAGGAAUCAAGGAUGGAAAGAAAUAUAAACAAAAACAAGGUGUUUGAUUUAAUGUUAGAAGCUGUAAACAAUAUUAAAGAUGCAAUGCCAAAAAUGCAAAUAGGAGCACCUGUCAGGCAGAACAUGGAUGCUGGUGAGAGACCCUGUUUGCAAGGAUAUUACACAGCAGCAGAAUUGAAACCGGUUCUUGACCGCCCACCUCAGGAUUCCAAUGCACCUGGUGCUUCUGGUAAAGCGUUCAAGACAACCAAUUUAAGUGUUGAAGAACAGAAGGAAAAAGAACGUGGAGAAGUAAAACACUGUUUUAAUGCUUUUGCAAGUGACAGGAUUUCUCUACACCGAGAUCUUGGACCAGACACUCGACCUCCUGAAUGUAUUGAACAAAAAUUUAAGCGCUGUCCUCCCCUGCCUACCACCAGUGUCAUAAUAGUUUUUCAUAAUGAAGCCUGGUCCACGCUGCUUAGAACUGUCCACAGUGUGCUUUAUUCUUCCCCUGCCAUACUGCUGAAGGAAAUCAUUUUGGUGGAUGAUGCUAGUGUAGAUGAGUACUUACAUGAUAAACUAGAAGAAUAUAUAAAACAAUUUUCAAUAGUAAAAAUAGUCAGACAAAGAGAGAGAAAAGGUCUGAUCACUGCAAGGUUGCUAGGAGCAACAGUUGCAACAGCUGAAACGCUCACAUUUUUAGAUGCUCACUGUGAGUGUUUCUAUGGCUGGUUAGAACCUUUGUUGGCCAGAAUCGCUGAGAACUACACGGCUGUGGUGAGUCCGGAUAUUGCAUCCAUAGAUCUAAACACGUUUGAGUUCAACAAACCUUCUCCUUAUGGAAGUAAUCACAACCGUGGAAACUUUGAUUGGAGUCUUUCAUUUGGCUGGGAAUCACUUCCUGAUCAUGAGAAGCAAAGAAGGAAAGAUGAAACCUACCCAAUUAAAACACCCACUUUUGCAGGAGGCCUUUUUUCCAUAUCAAAAGAAUAUUUUGAAUAUAUUGGAACUUACGAUGAAGAAAUGGAAAUCUGGGGAGGUGAAAAUAUAGAAAUGUCUUUCAGAGUAUGGCAAUGUGGUGGGCAGUUGGAGAUUAUGCCUUGCUCUGUUGUUGGACAUGUUUUUCGCAGCAAAAGCCCUCAUACCUUUCCAAAAGGCACUCAGGUGAUUGCUCGCAACCAAGUUCGCCUUGCAGAAGUCUGGAUGGAUGAAUACAAGGAAAUAUUUUAUAGGAGAAACACAGAUGCAGCAAAAAUUGUUAAACAAAAAUCGUUUGGUGAUCUUUCAAAGAGAUUUGAAAUAAAGCACCGCCUUCAAUGUAAAAAUUUUACAUGGUACCUGAACACUAUUUAUCCAGAAGCAUAUGUGCCAGACCUUAAUCCUGUUAUAUCUGGAUAUAUUAAAAGCGUUGGUCAGCCUCUGUGUCUGGAUGUUGGAGAAAAUAAUCAAGGAGGCAAACCAUUAAUUUUGUACACGUGUCAUGGACUCGGGGGAAACCAGUAUUUUGAAUACUCGGCUCAACAUGAAAUUCGGCAUAACAUCCAGAGGGAAUUAUGUCUUCAUGCUGCUCAAGGUCUUGUUCAGCUGAGAGCGUGUGCCUACAAAGGUCACAGGACAGUGGCCAGCGGAGAACAGAUAUGGGAGAUCCAGAAGGACCAACUUCUAUAUAAUCCAUUCUUAAAAAUGUGCCUUUCAGCAAAUGGAGAGCAUCCGAGCUUGGUGUCAUGCAAUCCAUCAGAUCCACUCCAAAAAUGGAUUUUUAGCCAAAAUGAUUAAGUGUUCCUUAAAAUUAAGGAGUUGAAAAAGGAGAUAUUCUUUCUCAUAAAACUGUGACUAGGCAUACACUGUAGUUUUUGAAAAUUAUGCAAAAGCAGCUAAUUGUAACUUAUUCCAAGUGCAUUUUUCUUAUUUAUGUCUUAAAAUAUCUAUGUAGCAUUGCUACAGAAAUCUUUUAAGUUUCCGUUUCAAAGCACAAUAACUAAUAAUACCAAAGACUAUUUUGAAAUGUCCAGAUGUAGGGGAAGAGAUGUUUACAGUAUGAUGAAAAUAAUUUUCUAAGUAAAGUGAUAUUUGUGUGUUUUGUACACUUAAAGAUAUGCAUAGCUACAUUCACACACUCACACUUUAAAAUAUUUCUUCUAGUUUUUGGGGGGGGAGAAAGAUUUGAUACUGUAUUUUUUUAACUACAUAGAAAUGGAUCAAUGAAGGUCAAGCAUUGGCCUUUGUGUAUAAACCAGGAAAUUUUUAUAGAUCUAGAAUUUAUUAUAUAAAAAUGCAGGUAAACUUUUUUGCCUUUUGUUUUCUUAUCUGUCAUAGGUUUCCUUAAACAUGAAAUUAAAUGAAUAAGAAUAUUUUUAACACUUCAGUAUCUUGGCAAAUUUUAAAAUAUUUUUUAGUCUGAAGUCCACUUGACUUAAAGCACUUAAAUCUUGCUUAAAAUAUAUUUCUUAAAUAACUAUACUGUGUGUUUUCCCAAAGCAAUUAAAAAAAAAACUAUAAAGUACUAUCUGUUGAAAAGAUGUCUUUUUCCUUUCUGCUAGUCCUUUUUCCUUACCAAAAUUCACUAAUCUUGAAUGUUUGUGGAAUUGAAUUUCAAAUGCAGAAUACUUGACUCAUUUAAAAGCUAAAUUUUGUUUGUUACUGAUUCAAUUUAGAUCAUCUUUGUAAAGAAUUUUUUUCAUCAAAAAAAUCUUCUAUGUGGAAAACACAAUAAAAUGAAUCCUUAUCACUGUUGUAACU